AUGCAUGAAUUCACGACCACUGUCACUGAGAAUGAUCGUAUCUCUCCAUUCUUGAAGAUUUUGUCAUCGGAUAGGCUGCCAAAUACCCCAAAGCUCAGUCUCUCUAUUGAGCUACAGUCCCUUGAUGGGCCUACAGUUGCGAAAGAAGGCUCCAAUAACAUGCUCAUCUAUCAUAUUCAUCGGGACCCGAAUGACGGCCACGAUGAGCCGUGCACGAUAUAUUGGUCUGGCAGCUUUGAAGCAUUUGGGUCCAAGGGCUUUGUUCUUCUUCGACACACCGCUGAUGGCGAAAUGGAAAAGGUUGAGGGCCUAGUGGAAUCCUGGAACGAUGAAUACCUCUCAAGUGGUGCCUUCUGGGGUUCUAAACAAGGUUUUCAUGAGUUAGCGCCCGGCCAAAGUAUCUGGUUUGGAACAGGCUUGGAGGAAUCAUGGAUAAAAGCCUUGAUUCCAGGCGAACGAUAUGAGCUGGUUUGGCCGGGUGGUGAGAUUUCUUGGUGGGGAUGGGGUACUAUCGAACAAAGCCUUGAAAAGUAUCCCAAUCCUUCCGCCCAAGCAAUUCUUCCUGGGCCACAUCAUCUGUCGUUCGAUGUGGUUGAUCGACCUAAGCCUCCCGUCUAUGAGACACCACGACCGCAGUGGCCCACCACUCCAGUCCCCGGAACCCCAAAGUUUAGGGUGACAUUAAGUGGCGGUAACCAAAAGAAACUCACGGAGAACUUCGUGAUGCAAUAUACUAUCACGUACAUUGGCAUCACCUCAGAAGAUCCACAGGGCAAUUUUGAGCCUGCGACGAGGUCUAUCGUUUUUGAUGCAGACAACUUGGUUCCAUCCGAGUGGGCCUUUCGACGUCAUAACGAUGGUCACUGGAAUUACUGCGAGCUCAACGGUGUCAACUGCGCCAUAGCUGGUGCUCUCUGGAUUGAUUAUGAAGGCCCUGUUGAGAUCGCCAAAUCUGGUCGAUUCAUCAGUCUAGCACCUGGUGAGUCGUGGAGCGACAGUGUGGGAGGAGACCUCCUGCCGAAAGAUCUGGUCUUAGGGGACGAAAUUCGAUAUCAGGUGGAUGGUUGUUUGUUGGAAACUUGGAAUUGGGGAAGUAUGGAGGAGCAUAGCCAGACUGUAUUGUUCUAUCACCACGGAUUUAAGGACCCCAUUUGGACGGAGCGGCCUAUCGUGCUACCUGCAUCCAAUCCUCUGGAGUUUAGCGUUGUUGAAUAA